GUAAGGGCAUACCGUUUUCACCAUCAUCAUCAUCACCGGCACCAUCACAACCAUCACCCAUCUAAUCCCCUUAUUUUCUUUCUAGCGAACAGAAUCGCGUUGCUCCUCACAUGCUCUCAUGGCCGUCCCUUGCACCGCCGCGUGAUUGUUAUGGCAAUAUGACGGCAACGCUUUGCUUGCUUCAACACAAAGAUGCGGACUUGUUUCUCUGCAUACAAUCGAGAGAAUGAUAAACGCCAAGUAUCGGAGAUGAACUAGUCAAACACACAAGUGGGAUAUGAAAAGUGGUUGGAGCUACGGGAUAUCUGGGACUCCUACAGCAGCGGCCAUUUUGUGAUCGGACUCCGGAGGAUUUCUUUUCGGAUCCUAGAUAUUGUUGGAAAGUAGAACAGGUGGUUAUAUUAACAUCGUCUCGCAUCGUGUGAAACUCUUUCUUGAAAGGAUUCAAAUUCUUCGAAGUGAUUUCAGGUGAAAGCCAGUUUGCCACAUAGGUUUUCUUUUACAACGAAUCUAGUUGUUUGUAUAAGCCAUCAAUAAAUGAUAACGACGUCUUUCGAAGCAUAGUAUCGUCUCACCUUUACAGCAGACACGAAGACUAAAAAUCAAAAGAGAAACGACAGGCAGAUAUAUAUCUAUAUUCAUUUAUUAUUUAAAAAAUAUCAUACGAGACCAGAAGUGUUUAACCGUGCUUUAAUUUAAAUCUGGAUACUGGAAGACAUUAUUUAACUAACUAGAUCGCAGCAGAAAGUCUUGUUUCUGCACAAAAUGAUAAGUUAUUCAAGAGCAAGUGAAUAAUUAAUAUCAGUUGCUGGCAAUCAGUCGAAUUUGCUGUGAUACUCUACGCCUUCGUUUCAAUCUUACACCUAAUCGUUAAAAUCACAACAUCUCGGUCAACAUUCUACAGAGGAGGUCUUUCUACAUAUCAUUUUACAACGGAAUAAAAAGUGUGUGAAUGACCAGUAUACAACAAGUAUUACAGGAAAUUGAUUUCACGGUGGAAGUUGUGAAAUAAUUCACAUUCUCUUCCUCUCUAUCAGACAAGCAGGUGGAUUAUCAUCUCUACGCAUUUAACUGGUUUGCUUUCUAGAUAUAGCAGGUGUAUGUCAAGAAGUGAAGACCGUCUACGUCCAACCUGUUUUAAGUCACCUGCCUAGCAACGCUCUCUCUCUCUCUUCAUAUUUCAUCAUCGCCUUGAUUACCAUUCUAAAUCCGUUAAAAUGAGAAUGAAGACAAGCUCAGACCUUUGAUUGCAGUGACAGCCGAGAGAAUCUAAUACAAACAAAUUGUUAUGGAAUACCAUUAUAGCUCAGGACAACGACAAUAUCUGAAUUUACUUUAGAUGUUUUGUAUAUCUCGGCAAUUAAUGUUCAUGGUAUUAACGUGCCGUACAUUCUAAUCGAUAAGUUCUUUCAACCAAACGCCUUAAAUUGAUCCACGAGACAGUUUCAAUUAAACUCAAAAUAUGUGUUGAGAAAAGAGCGGAAGAACAUAUCAAAUCUAAAUUUUGAAUACAGUUUGAUUUAGCGAAUGGUUUUUACAGAAAAUUUUACAAAAGUAAGCUUUUCCAUAAAGGUCUGCUUCGUUAAAAAUAUUUGCACUAAUCCAUUUGUGCUUCCCUUUAUCUUUAUGUGUUUGAAAUAACCCUUUUAAAAUAAAAUAUUCUGAAGAAGUAAAAGAGCUUUAUAUUGGACAGGCUUGCUCAUCGAUGUAUCCAAAUCUGGACAAGUUAUAACAUCCCUACCGACACAAUAUCAAACAAUAAAUAAUUUGAUGAAAGUGCUUGCUUCACGCAUAGUAUAUGGUAAAUAUCACGUGGAUUGCAUAUCUAAUUUAUCAAUUCAGAAGAGUAGUGUGAUUACCUGACCAUGCAGAUAGACUGAAAAACCCUUGUGAUAUAUGCUUGGCAGUAAGUUGACUGUUCAUCCCCAGUAAAGUCCGCCAUUUUGGAUUCUUUGAAUGGAGGAUGCUGGCACGGGAGUAUCAACACUAACCCGCUAGAUUCGUCUAGCUUCUUACUAACUGACUGACAGGAAUCAUGGAGAAAGAGAACGAAGAAGAUAAAGACCAGGGGGUUGAAGAUGGGAACGUUCAACAGUUCUCAAGUCAACAAGAGUUGGUUCCUAAUCAGCAUGACGACGGAGGAAGAGGAGGAGGAGAGAGUGAUUACUCUGACAUGGAUGGGAGUCAUCAGGGAGAUACAGCUGAUGGGGAUGAAGAUGAGAGGACUAGAAGAAUCAGUGCCAUGGGAAGGAUUGUGGGUACACUACAGGUGAUUAAAGGAUGGGUGACCCGAGGUGGUGCAGAGGAGCCUACAAAGAGGGCAGAUUCAUUCCUUGAGAGGUUCGCUUUAGGAGGCCCACAGAUGGAAGAGGGACAUAAUAUUUCUGGGGGAGAUGCCUCUGGUACCGGAAACUCCCAGCGCAAGAAACCCAAGAUAAUCGUUUUUGAUCGUUCAUCGGGGACCUAUUCAUCCUGGCUGUUCAUCAUCACUGUGGCAGUCCUAUACAAUUUGUACCUCAUCAUAGCUCGGGCAUCUUUUGUUCAGCUCCAGACGAACUAUCGAAAUAUUUGGUUUGCUCUGGAUUACAUCUGUGAUUUCAUUUACAUCCUAGAUAUCUGCGUGCAGUUCAGAACAGGUUAUUUGGAGCAGGGUUUGUUGGUGGUGGAUUCAACGAAACUGAGAAUAAACUACAUGCGAGCCCGUAAAGUGACCUUCUACCUAGAUGUACUAUCCAUGCUCCCUCUUGAUUUCCUCUACUUCAAAAUCACCACAGUCUAUGCCAUUGUCAGGCUACCCAGACUAUUAAGGUUUCAUAGAGCAUUAGAGUUCUUCGAACGUACAGAGACCAUCACCAACUACCCCAACAUCGUCCGCGUCGUCAACCUCAUCAUCUACAUCAUCGUCAUCAUCCAUUGGAAUGCUUGUAUCUACUUCUCAAUAUCCAAAGAAAUUGGACUGGGCGAGGAUGAAUGGGUUUAUGAUAAUAAAUUUAUGAUGGAGUUACCAAACGGAACAAAGAUAUCUACUGAUUCACUAACCAGAAGGUAUAUCUACAGUCUGUAUUGGUCAACAUUAACACUGACUACCAUUGGAGAGACACCGAAACCAGUGACGAACGCAGAGCAUCUUUUCGUUGUAAUUGAUUUCCUUGUUGGGGUGCUUAUCUUCGCCACCAUUGUCGGUAAUGUAGGCUCUAUGAUAAGCCACAUGAAUGCGAGUAAAGCAGACUUUCAGAACCGUAUUGAUGGUGUGAAGCACUACAUGAGCCUGCGUAAGGUCAGCAAAGAACUCGAACAAAGAAUCAUCAAAUGGUUUGACUAUAUAUGGUCCAAUAAAAAGACCCUCGACGAAGAAGCAAUACUCAACACUUUACCCGAGAAACUGCGGGCUGAAAUUGCAAUCCACGUUCACAUGGACACUUUAAGACGAGUUACAAUCUUUUCUGAUUGCGAACCAGGACUGCUGGUGGAACUGGUCCUGAAACUGAAACCUCAGGUGUUUAGUCCGGGAGAUUUCGUUUGUCGGAAGGGUGACAUCGGACGAGAGAUGUACAUCGUGAAGCAGGGUAAACUUCAGGUGGUCGGUGAGGAUGGUAAGACUGUUUAUGCUACUUUAAGUGACGGCAGUUACUUCGGUGAGAUCAGCAUUCUUAACGUACCUGGUAGCUUAUCAGGUAACCGUCGAACUGCCAACGUACGAAGUGUUGGCUAUUCGGACGUGUUCUGUCUAUCAAAGGACGAUCUUCUAGAUGCCCUCAAGGAGUAUCCUGAAGCGAGGGUUAUUCUAGAGGAGAGAGGGCGUACUAUCUUAAUGAAAGAUGGUUUGAUCGAUGAGGAAGCCGCUAAGCGAGGUGGACGCACCGCAGAGCAAGUCGAACAGCUUGAGAAACUGGAUCGCUUGGAUGGGAAUUUGAACCAUUUGCAAACUCGCUUCUCACGCCUUCUGCAGGAGUAUAGCAAUUCUCAGAUGAAACUGAAACAGAGAUUGACGAGGUUGGAGAAGAAGAUGAAAUCAGUGAGAAGCUCUCAGUCAAACAAUGAAGCGACACCAAGGUCUGGUCUGGACACUGAAAUAGACACGAACAGAGGUUACGUGUCAUGAUGCUGUCACACCAGUCAACAAGACAAUUUAAUUCUAGCAUUAAGCGUUAAAUUAUGCUUUCAAUAAAUACUGGAAUAGUUUUGAAACCAAUGACAAGAAUGAAUAUUCGGUUGGAUAAUAAUGCAUCAUAUCCCGUCAUGUAUUGGUUUCAUAUUUUGUUUUGCAUGGAGUAUAUGCAGAAAAUAAUCAAACAAGUAUAUGUUU